GUGCGUUCCUCGUUUCCCUUGCGCUUCCAACACUGUCUAAAAGCCUCCAUCUGUGGUUGUUCAUCAGUAUCUAGAAAUCUGGGGUUGCCGAGGACCACCGGAGAGCGAGCAGAAAACUCACUUCAUUCCGACAAAGUCUCCAAUCCUUCUUGUCGUAGUAACAAUCGUUCAUUCGGAGCUGUUCCUCUGCGGCACUGCAUUAGAUUUACAUUGCCACAGUCGGCGGAUGGAGGCUUCGGCAUACCAGCACAGCCCGUACUGAAAAUCCUUUGGUCCCUGUCGACGAUAUAAUCAGCGUCGCCGUAUUCAAGCUCAUCUAACGACAUACCACUCAUCAAGUUCAUCAUCGUCAUCGACCUGAGUCUUUUCUACCUUUUGUUCGCCGGACAUCGCGACUUGUUGUUGUGACUUGGGAUAGAAAUACAAAGGAGGAAGAAAGGUUCAAGUUCUUUUCGAAAGGUCGAGUGCCGAGCUCCUCAUCUUCUUUUCUCACCACAUUACGACUGACAAACCCGCCACCCACCAUGGCUACGAAACGGAUGAACGUUCUUGUCUACUCUGGUGCGCUCACUCAGGAAGCAUGGCGAACCAAUCAAAAUCUAAUGCUCUCAGGAAACGGAAGCACCGUUGAAUCAGUUCGACAUUGCCUCUAUACCCUUCGAAGGCUGUUGUCACCCAACUACGCUGUUAUUCCAGUCACUGGCGAUAUGAUCAUCAAGGAGCCUUGGACAGCAACAUGCGCCGCUCUGGUCUUUCCUGGUGGUGCCGAUCAGGGGUAUUGUAAUACCCUUAAUGGCGAAGGCAAUAGGCGAAUUCGUCAAUUUGUUGAGCGCGGUGGCAAGUACAUCGGAUUUUGUGCUGGUGGCUAUUAUGGUAGCAGUCGAUGUGAAUUCGAGGUAGGCGACAAGCUGAUGGAAGUAAUUGGCGACCGAGAACUUAGAUUCUUCCCUGGUGUUGCCCGGGGUUGUGCAUUUCCAGGUUUUGUCUAUCAUAGCGAGAAGGGUGCUCGAGCUGCGGAUCUGAAGGUCGACAAGACUGUCAUAUCAGCUGGAACUGUGCCCAAUGUCUUCAAGUCCUACUACAAUGGAGGCUGUGUUUUUGUGGACGCACCAAAGUUCAAAAACCAGGGUGUCGAAGUCCUUGCGAGCUACACAGAACCUAUAGCCGUGGACUCAGGUGAAGGUUCUGCUGCGGUGGUAUAUUGCAAGGUCGGUCAAGGUGCAGCAUUACUGACGGGUCCACAUCCAGAAUUCGCAUCAGCCAACCUGGAACCCAAACCAGAGGUUCCAGGGUUCUCAGAGGUGAUCAAGACUCUAGCAGCCGAUGAAAAACAUCGAAUGGAUUUUGUUAAAGCAUGUUUGACCAAACUCGGUCUUACAGUGAGCGACGAACAAAAUGUACCCUCCCUCUCUUAUAUGCACCUUUCCUCUUCCAGGCCGUCCGACACGAGACAGUUAUUGUCUUCAUUACAGCAUCUCAUCGAGAAAGACGAACAGCAGGAAAACUUUCUAAGGGACGAAAACGAUACAUUUCACAUCAUUAAACCUUCGUCCUGGAAGAUGGAAGACUUAGCGGCGGCGUUGCCAUUGCAGGCUGAUAGCAAGAAAUCUGCUGACCAGCUCGAUGGCAGCUCCGAUCGAAUAGUCGACUAUAAUACGGUUACCAAACAUAUAGUUAUUCACGAUGACACACAGCCAGAGUCCAAGUCAACGCCAUAUUUUAACCACCGUGCAUUUUAUGCAAACCUUGAACAUUACCAAAGCCAGCUUCCUGGCAGUUCAACGUUUGGCGCACAUUUGCUUUACGGCGAAGUGGUGACUUCGACAAACACAUUACUCGAAAAGAACACCAAAUUACUCCGGAACCUCCCCCAAGGCUUCACAGCUACAGCCACAGUACAAGUUGCUGGUAGAGGCCGAGGAUCCAAUGUGUGGGUAUCGCCUGCCGGUAGCCUUAUGUUCAGCACUGUCAUCCGUCAUCCCAUGGCCCAGAUGCAGACUGCGCCCGUCGUAUUUGUUCAGUACCUGGCAGCGAUGGCGAUAGUGCAAGGAAUCAAAUCUUACGAUGGCGUGCGUUACAAAGAUAUGCCGAUCAAGCUGAAAUGGCCCAAUGACAUUUUUGCGUUGGAUCUCGAGAAAGCCAAGGAGAAUGGAGGUGAUAGAAACGGAAACUACACCAAAAUUGGCGGCAUCCUUGUGAACAGUCACUACAACACCAAGGAGUAUAUUGCAGUUUGCGGAAUUGGGCUGAAUACUGCCAACGCUGCUCCUACCAUUUCCUUGAAUCAGCUCGUACAACUUCUUCCGCGCAAAGUCGAGCCAUUUACACUGGAAAAGCUUCUGGCCAGGAUUCUGACGGUUUUUGAUGAUCUCUAUGCACGUUUCCUGGUCACAGGCUUUGACGAAACCAUGGAAAAGAUCUACUACGAGCAUUGGCUGCAUAUGGAUCAAAUUGUCACGCUCGAAGCCGAAGGUGGCCAGCGGGCACGCAUCAAAGGGAUUACGCGAGAUUAUGGCUUGCUUAUUGCCGAAGAGCUUGGUUGGGAAGACCGAGAGACUGGUAGAAGGUGGACGUUACAAAGCGACGCCAAUAGUUUCGACUUUUUCAAGGGCCUCGUGAAGAGAAAGCUCUAAGUAGAGUCCGAGUCCAAACAACAUCGUCCAAGGAGGGAAAGCAAGUCUAUCUUGUGCUCAGCUCCAAAAGUCAGCAUUCAUUUCGACGAAGACGCUCCUCCGUCAAAAUAUGCUGACUGGACUCGGUGUUGGCGCACUAACACGGAGCACGAACACCCGAGGGUCGCUUAUCCCGAAAAUCGCCCAAGGUGGAAUUCGUUCUGUAGCACAUAGGCAUGGCAAAAGUGGACUCUUGGAUCACUCUGAGCAACUACGAAAGCCAGAGUCGCUGGAGGCGCGUUAUUCAAGAGCGUGUUUGCCUUUUCCUCUUUCAUCACAUUGACAACUUGUCACCUUGGCCCACUACGUGCCCAGAGAAAGAGUAUGCAAGACAAACCUUUGGUGAGGCUGGUCGCGUGCACUACUCUACACCGCAAGACUCCGAGCUCUGCAAAGGUUGAGACCAUGCAUGAAAGGGCCUCGUGUUGGAGGGUCUCGACCAGGGACAACUUCUCCUUAAAUUCAGUUGGUUACGGCACGUCAAACCAACUUCGGCUCGGCAUGGUAUCAAAUGCAGGGCAUCGGCGAUCUCGUUACUACGCUCAGCUGGAGAUAUGUUCCGACACGAGACAGCCUCAUGGUGGUGCCAGCAUGUGUCUUGUAUCAUCCAGGAGAGAGGCACCAGAAGAGGCAGGUUGCAUAUGCUGUCAAACGAUACUUUUUCUCACCACAGCCAAGGUGGACCGUUGAUGUGUUGCCGCAGUCAAUGAAUGUCGAAGCCAACCCUUGUUGCCCUUUUUGGCGGAUGCUGGUUACCACGCUCGUUCCCAGCACGUUUGCAACAUGAUCACCGCCAUUUCCCCGCCCAGAACAGUACAAGGAAGAGCAAUCACCGUUGCAGAAUGUGUCGGAGUCUGUCAGUGCCAUGUGCUUCGUCAAUGCCUGUAGCCUCCUGAGUUUCCCUGACUCUGUCGAGCUAUUGGGCCCGCGGAGGGGUGAGGUCUAAACAUGCUUGUAAAGGUUUCACUGUUAACUUGAUCGGCGACGCUCUGUGACCUUCGGGUGACUGAGAAGUGGGUGCUACCCGUCCUCCGACUGGGCAUUGCUCUUUGCACGCCGCCGAAUUCCACUGGAAUUGGUCAAAUUACUGGAAUUCUUCAACCCCUGUCAAAUUUUGCCCGAGGCAUGCAGGCUCACUAGUCGCCAGGCUGGGGUUGCAAGGACGAGGUGGUAGCAUGGCGUGAUGCCUCGUUGCACUGCCCGUACCAUUAUUUUCCCUGCCGUCCGCGCCAGUGGGAGGCUGUUGAAAGGCCCAGGGUCUUGAGUGACAGACAGCCAUGGGUCGAGUAGCGUACCGGCUUCCACUAUUCUUGCCAGGAUGGUGAUCUGCCCAUCCUCCCCCCAACGGUCUUGUGAGGCACACCGUAUGGAUGACUGCAGCGUCGAAGUUCGGUACUCUCGUGCACACUGUGACUAAUGCUGUGUAACACAAAGGACCAUCAACGGGAUUCUUGUGUUACAUGUCGAGACGUCCUUGCAAUUCUUUCCGCCGCAGACCUCGCAACCAAAGCUACUCCGAUGCACUUUGAAUGCCCAGUAAUUGCAGCCGACAAGGGUCCAAGUCCGGGCGUGGCUUUGUAUGUAUAGUACAGUACAUAUAGAGAGGGUCACCUAGGCGAACAAUGC